GGGAGGCUGUGGAUCGACGAGCCUGCGUGUGCCAUUAUUAGCGACCCAAAAACACGCACAAAGAAACCAGACGGAAAAACGUUGGACGACACGCCGUUAAAUAUGGGCCCACCGGGAGACAGAACACAGCACGUGUCGACUGAAAGAACGGAGGAUUUCAGCUGGAUUGUCGAUUUAUCUUGACAUGGCAUGCUGCAGGGCGAGUCUGAGAUUGUGACGACUGAAGAAAAGAAGAGAAAGAAAACAAGCGCAGAAAACAUCUCGAAACUCCAGACGUGGGGAGAUUUUCUAAAGCUAACGCUUAUUCCGCCAUUCAACGUGUAUCGUUGGUCGGGCCACUGAUUCCCUGGUUCUUUUUUGUCGAUGGUUUUGCGGAGAAAAACACAGAAGCCAAUAAUACCUAGCUAAAAUGCUGAGCCUAAGCAAAUCCAGUUAGUCAGUCAACCCCGCAGGUCCAAGCGAGAAUAUGUAAACUCGUGAAAAGAUGACUGCACGCUAGCUAGUCAGCCGCAUAAGGCCUCAGUUAAGCCAGUCACUCGGAAGAUAAGAUGUAGCUUUAUCGCUGGUUCACUACUAGUUAGUGUCGGAAGUGAAAGCCUAGUUUAGCUUGCUAGCUCACCUUAGCUAGUGUGCUAAAAAUACACCCACACCAUGACUAUCAGCAGUGGCAGCACCGCGGGCCGUGAAUGGCAGUAAAAGUUAAGGAAAUGUCAAGUUACCUCUGCAGUAGACGUCUAUGUUACCCGGUGCCAACAUCUCCUGGCAUCUAUAUUUACCUGCCAUGUUCGUCUGUCCCCCCGACCUGUCAGUAACACGCACAUAACGCAGUCUCUACAGAGAAACGCACUCAGAACGACAGCCAUGGAUGAGGGACUCUGAAAUGACCCAACUAAUAGAUUAUCUGUCUGCUCGUUAGUCUGUAGUCUUCAAAUUUAAUAGCAAAUACACAUUAACGCUAUGGGUUUUUAUAGUCGCAGCUGCUUCUGUUGAUUUCACUAACAUUCACAGAAGAAAGGUCAUUUUGAGUUGCUCUUUUAUUUAAAUCUCCAUUGUAAUGCAUUGUUGAUGGCAGUUUGAAAAAAAGGCCAAUUUAUUAUUUAAGUUAUGUCUUAAACCAUGGAUUUCUGAACAGGAGAUGUAGUCUUAUUUGUUGGUCAUUCCCCUCCUCAAGACUGCACUUUCACAGAGAAAUAAAAAUGACUUAGUUUUACUUCUGAUUUGUUGAACCUGUCAGUCGGUAGUUAUUGGGUAUUUCACAGAUCUAGCCUAGAGUCAGUUGAUGUGUUUAUUCUGCAUCGGGUAACUAGCGCCAUCCUCUAGCCAGUGUAUGAAUACAAAAGUAGAGAGUGUAGCCAAAAUAUUCUGCUCAAGAGAAGACAAUACCAUCAAAAUCUAACCAUGGGGGACCCAACUUCACGAAGAAAUCAAACAAGAAAUCGACUUCGAGCUCAACUUCGGAAGAAGAGGGAAUCUUUGGCUGAUCAGUUUGACUUCAAGAUUUAUAUAGCCUUCGUUUUCAAAGAAAAGACGAAGAAGUCAGCACUUUUUGAGGUAGCUGAAGUGGUGCCAGUGAUGACCAACAACUAUGAAGAAAACAUCCUCCGAGGUGUGCAGGAUUCCAGCUACUCUCUUGAGAGUUCAAUAGAACUCCUGCAGAAAGACAUUGUGCAACUACACGCCCCCCGAUACCAGUCAAUGCGAAGGGAUGUGAUAGGCUGCACACAGGAGAUGGACUUCAUUCUUUGGCCACGCAACGAUAUCGAGAAGAUCGUCUGUCUUUUGUUCUCCAGAUGGAAGGGGGCAGAUGAUGAACCCUUUAGGCCUGUUCAGGCCAAGUUUGAGUUUCAUCAUGGAGACUACGAGAAGCAGUUCUUGCAUGCUUUGGGUCGUAAAGACAAGGCUGGAAUGGUCAUGAACAACCCAACUCAGUCUGUAUUUCUCUUUAUGGAUAGACAGCACUUACAGACUCCUAAAACCAAGGCCACAGUUUUCAAGUUGUGCAGCCUCUGCCUGUACUUACCCCAGGACCAGCUGACCUGCUGGGGUGUGGGAGACAUUGAGGAUCACCUCCGCCCAUACAUGCCUGAUUAGGGUCUCCUCAGUCACCCAACCACAUAGGGAAAGCCCUACCCCACCAUCCUGCCUAAGCCUUCAGAAGCAAAUUGAUGUACUCAUCUCCACCUGGUUCCUUUUAAAAGAUUUGAACUUGUGCUUGGAUCUGUCCUUUUUUCGUUACCUACUUGUUCUCCUCCUCCCAACCUGAAGCUGAUUCAGUUCCCAUCCUUGUUUUUUUCCCCCUCAUCUUCCCAGUGUCCCCACCUCUUCUCUUUGCCAUUUUUGGAUUGGUUCCUGUUUUUCCUUUCUCCCUCUUUAUUCAUUCCUACUCACUCAUCCGUUUUUUUGUUUAUUUGAACCUGCACGAACAUUGAUUUUGAGUGGUUGGUUGUUCUCUUGGAGCUGCACUGUCAACAGCACCGGUCAUUGAAGGAACUCUUUAUGUUGCAUCAAAACAGGAACAAACAAUACACAGGUCUUCACAGUGAUUCUCAGAUGGACGUGUAUUAUAUCCUUGUCAAAAAAGGGAUUAUUAAAGCCUGGUUGUAAUCUGAAGGGGGUUUUAGAACAACUUUACACAAUCUUUUGACCAAGGACAGGUGUGAAUAGGUGGUAAAACACCUGUGUAAGCAAAGGUAACAAGAUGAACAAUAUUUGUCAAAUCAUAUGGUGUAGGUAUUGCUUCUUAUGAACCGCCUUAGUUUUUUUGCUGAACUUUUAAAAGAUGUUUUGGUGUCAUUUGCUUUCCUCAGACAUGCUAGGCAGGCCUUUGCUUCAUGUUCAAGAGACGUGAAAGGCUUUGUAUUCAAAGUUGAGAAAUUUUGUUGAAGGCCAUUGUCACCGUUCAAGCUGUUCAUGCAAUGUUCAUUUAAGCUAAUGAAAUCCUUUUAUUUUUUGGCUGUGGGUUUAAAUUGAAAUGGUGACAGAUUUAAUGUGUAACAGACCUAACAAAAGUUGCUGAUAGCUCAACUGAUUUUUGUUUAAUUUGACCUACUAAAACAAAGCUUUGCUACCAUGCUCUUUGAAAUUGGGUUUUGCAAGCUUGUCAAAGGAUAUAAAGUACAUAUAAUUUAGCUCAUUGAUUCAGUGUGUUCAGUUGAAAGGGUGUAGGGUGUGUAACUUCUAGGUUUUCUUUCUGUUAAUGAUUCUCAGAUCAAUUCUGCUCUGCAUAUCCCAAUACAGUACAAAUUCUGCAAACAUGA